UUUUUGAAUGAAAAAGACGUUAAUUCACGGCGAGUACACCGAAAAAGAAAGAGCGUGUUGGUACUUAGAUAAUUUGAUUUUAAUUAAUUUAAUUUUGUUUAAUUUUUGUGCAAUAAUGUAAUUAUUAAAGUGUUUGUGUUUGAAUCUCAAGGAAAAAACUAUAUAACAUUUGUUUAUUUAAAAAUAUAUUACUUUUGCCCUUGUCGUUGUUUGUGGUGCGUGCUUGUACAUUUCUGUUUCUAAAGUUUCUGCAUUUAUUUCAUCUUAAUUUUUUCCUUAUCGCAGUGAGUAAAUCAUUCUUCAAAGAUUUCCACAAUGGCAGGAGGAUGGACGAGGGGCAAAAUCUUGGAAAAUGUAUUAUCGGAUGUGCAACAUAUAAUUAAAAAAAAAGAAGAGAUAUCAUUAUCUAUCAAGGAUUCUUUAAGUGAAAGUUUAGAUAAAAUAAAUGCCUUAUUUGCUGAAAUAAAAGAAUCGUCAUCUAAACCACUUCUUCCAAAGACACCAAAGGCAGUGAAGAAAAAAAAUCUUAAACGUAUUGAAACAAUACCAGAAGAUGAUUUAGUGGAAAUUGAUAAUUAUACAGUGAAAAAAUUAGUUGAAAAACAAUCAGAAAUUCUUGAUGAUGCACCUUCUGGAAUAAGACGAAAAUCAAAAAGAGAAGCCUCAAAAAAAGCAGUCGAUGUUAUUAAACAACAACAAUCAACAACAUUGAAUAGUAAAAUGCGAAGACCCAGUGAAAAUAAUGAUAGUACACGAUAUAGCAAGGCUUCUUCACGUGACAGUCAAGCAAAACGAACUCGUUCAUUGAGCAGCUCAGAUGAAGAAAUUUCAAUUCAACCGAAGAAACAAAUGAGAAAUGAACCUCGACCUAGUACAAUAUUGACAAGAAACAAAAUUGAUGAAUUAAUAUCCAGUUCGAAUGAAGAAGAAAUAAUUCAAGUUCCACAAAAGAAAUUAUCAACAAUUAAAAGAAAAAUCAAUAGCACAAAUUCACGUGCGUCAAAGAAAAAACGUUCAACAUUAAGUGAUGAACCUGAAUUAAAAAAAGCAAACAUUAUUGAUGAAACAAUUGAUGGCUCAUGUCCCGAUGAUACAAUUGAAGCUUCAAUGUAUGAAGAUGCAAUUGCCAAAGCUGUUCCAAUAAUGAAUUCAACAAUGAGAAAAUCAUUAAUUGUAAAUCAAACUCAUAUUAUUUCAAAAAAAUCAUCUCUCAAUUCUCAUACACCGACAACAUUACAAAUUGGAAAUGAAACACAAACAUUUAAUAAUACUUUAAAACAUCCAACAAUGAAUUUAACCGUUGUACUUGAUAAUUUCAAAAAAGUUGUCAAUGAUACAAUGACAAUAACAGAAAAUAGAACAUCAAAUGGAUCAUUGCAGGAGGAAACAAUUGUUCUUACAAUGAAGAAUAAAAAAAAUUCAUCUCCAUUUACUAUUCCUACAUCAAUUCCUCGUGUUGCAUUAACAAAAAUGAAAUCAAUAAAUGAACAAAAUUCAUUGAUAACUGACGAUGAAUCAUCGCCAGAAAGAAAAUUGCCAAAAGAGAAAAAAAUUAAAAAAAAUAAUAUUGAAGAUAAACCAAAACGAAUAACAAGAUCAAGUUUAAUGAGUGAUGAUGAAGUUGAUUUAACACCGGGAAGAAAAAUUCUUGGCGAAAUUAAUAGUGAAAAAAAUCAAGAAUCAAAGAAAAAUAAAUUAACAAAAAAUACAUUAUUCAGUCCAUAUGCUAAGGAAUCGGUUAAAAAGAAAAUUGAAGCAUUUGAACAAGCUGGACUAUUGAAUCCAACUGUUGAAAUUGAAUCGGGAAUGCGGCUAACAAGAACAAAAACACGUGCUCUUGCCGCUGCUAAUGAUAACGAUCAAAGUACAUCAACAACUUCGAUAACACAAAAAUUGGCACGUAAAUCACUUGCCAAGGCAAAACAAAUUUCACGCGCAAAGGACGCAAAGGAAUUUGAAGACAACACUAAAGAGAAUCCUAACAAUUCGAAACUUCCCACAAAUGAUAAAUUAGUGCAAAAACAACAGCAGAGAACAACUCCAAAUUCAAAGAGUCGUCUUCAAAUGCCGUCUUCUAUUACUCGAGGAGGAUUCACAACACCAUCUAAUACACAAUCUCUUUCUAGUUAUUCCAAGCCAAUGACUGGAUCGCGCACAAAUAUUGUGACAAAUGUGGACAGUUUUAUUCAAGUUAAAAGUUCCGCUCAGAAGCCAAGUUCAAAUGAUAAAUUAAUGGAAGAGAGAAAGAGAAGACAACAGGAGGAAGAUGCAAGGAAAAAACGUGAAGAGAUAUUAAAAGCUCAAAUGGAAGAAAAGAAGAGAAAACGUGAAGAGAGAGAACAUAAGAAUCGUCUUGCAAGGGAGGCCAAAGAAAAACAGGAAGCAGAAAGAAGAUUACAAUUGGAAGAAGAGAAAGCUGAUAAAGAGAAGAAAUUGUUACAAUUACAAGAGAUGCAAAGAAUUGAAAAUGAGAAGAAAAAAUUGGCUUAUCAAAAACGUGUUUUGGAAAAGGAAGAAAAGCGUAAACAAGAAGGAGAAAUGCGUUUACAACGUUUACGGGAACAAGAAGAAACUGAGAAAUUGUUGGCUGAGCAAAAACGUCGGGAACAAGAAAUCGAGAAACGAAGACUUGCUGAAUUAAAAGCCCAACAAGCUGAAACAGCAAAAAUGAGAGCUCAUUUGGCAGCAGCUCAAGCUAAAAAACAAGCGGUACAGAAUAAAUUAAUAAGCAGUUACAAAAUUGAUAGUGAGCCGGAUAGUGAUUCUGAUGAUGAGCAAAGGCCAAAACAUGAAAUUCCUACAUGGGCUAAAACUUCUAAUCGAAACAAACACUUGGAGAUGCAACAAUAUAUUCCAAUGGAAGCGAUUAAACAAUUUUUCGAUGUUAAAAAAUGUACACCUGAUUUAUCCGAAUUAUUCCAGGGAAUUGAUAAAAGUCGAUUGAAACGUACUUCGAGUGCAAUUUGGAAGACACCACCUCGAUUCUCAAUGAUGGCUUCAACCGAUUGAAUGGCUUAUAAAAUUUUCGUUGAAAAAAAAAGAAAAGAAAGAAAAGGACUUAAAUAUCCUUUUGUUAAAAACGCGAAACUUUUUUAUUGUUUCGCAAUUGAUUUUUCUUGUUUACAGUAUAUUAUUUUUAUUUUACGUUGAGAAAUGUCAAGAUUUCUUUUUUUUUUAUAUAUAUAGCAUCGUGUAAUCAAAGUUGCUUGAAAAAUUGCUAAACUUUUUUUUUUACUUAAGGUUACUUUUUAAAAAAUUGUUUUUUUUUUCUUUUAAAAAUAUAAUUGCAUGCUUUCACUUAUUUUUUUUUUUUUUUAUCAAUUUGAUAUUCUCAUUAAAAUUUAAUAUAUUAAAAAAAGACAUUUUUUUAAAAAUUAAAUUGUGUAAAAUGAAAAUUUGAAGGUAGCAAAAUGUAAUUUUAUAUAUUUUUACAAUUGAAACAAUGUAUCUAGAAUUAAUUUGUUUCUCAAUAUACAAUUAUUUUUGUUAUUAAAA